AUGCGAAGAAUUUCGUAUACUACCUACCCCCAGGACUUCUACGAGAGCCAAAGGUGGGUGCCUCAUAAGCUCGAGCGGCACCGUAAGGCCCAAUAUGAAUUUUGGCAACAAUGUCAAGCCACCAUUUCCAAUAUCCCCCGUCGCUCGGCGUUGGUCUGGUGCCUCAGCGCCAUUUCGGUGGCCCCAUCCCCGCCGAACGCGGGUUUCGCAGGCUCUCGGAGACACCCUUGCCGUACCAGCCAGAAUGGCAGCAAGUUCUUCGCGGUGAUCCAGAAGCAGGGCCUAGCUGCGCUCAGCGCCUUUGGGAAGGCAUCCAGGUUCAAUUCCACGUCGGCUCGCACUGACGGAAAGAGUUGGUCCAUUCUAGACUACACAUGUGUGCGGUUUCACGGAGGGCAUGGCCACAGAGGACGAUCGCUGCGUGACCUCCCCGUGAGCCUUGGUGGGUUUCGAGACCAUAUGCCCGUGGAUGCCCAGAUAUACGCAGGCCUUCGCUGCAAGUUCCGACGUCCAGAGGCCGACAUCAAGUGGGGCCGCGACCUCGUCGUGCAGGACUCGAAGGAGUUGCACAGGGCCAGCCGCGAGGAUGGCGAGCACCUUGUCCCGCGCAGAGUCUUUCGGCUACGUGACGCGGUUGACCUUCACCUUCGGGGGCGACGAUUGCGAGGACAGCGGCCCCAGGUAUGCGGACCUGGCAAGGACAACCAUGACGCCUCGGCGUGCUUCGACGCGCUGGAGGGAGCGGCGGCGGAUGCAGCGGUGGAGAUCUACACCGCGAAGCCGACCGAGAGGGGGGCGCCAGCUUUCCCCGUGGAGACGCUGAAGGCCAUCGCUCAGAAGCAGAUGUGCCAACGCAUGCUCGCCGAAGCGGUCGCGGGGAGCUGGCUUCACAAGUCCUUGCGCCGCUUGAAGGUGGCCAAGCUGGCGAAGAGGGCAGUCCGCGCGCACCGCCGCCAGCAGAAGGCAGAGCUAGUGGACCAAGCUGCACGCGCCGACCAACGCCAUGACACCUGGAAGAACUACGCCAUCAUCCGCCGCCUCGCGCCGAAGCCGACGGCGCCAUCUAUGACGGCGCACAAUCCUGAGACAGGUAUGGUAUGCUUCGACCAUGAUGGGGGGACAUGGCUGCACGUGUCAAGGCCUUGUGCUCCAUCUUCCAGGCUGAGGAUAUCGAGCUGA